CGGAGUCCCAGAACGCUCCUCGCCCUUCGCAGUGUGCGCCUCUGACAGCGCGGGACGUCCCGGACCACCACCGUCACCAUAGCUAGACACCACCGCUGGAAGCCUGGGCCCGUAAGCUGGCGGCAUAUGUGUGCGAAGGCGCGGCGGGUUCCCAGGGAUAGAGGCUGCGGCUGGGUGACCGGUAGGGGCGUAGUAAAAGUUGAGAGGUUUAUCUGUCCGACGGGCGGGAUGUGUGGGGGUCCGUGUGGGCCGAGGGUCAUCGAGCGGCAUGUCCGCGAUGAGUCGAGUUUGUCGAUGGGUUGGUUCGUGAGUGGCGCGGGAGUCGGUGGAAGAGACGGCGCCGCAUUGUCUCCGGUACCUCUCGCGGGCCUCUUUGUGCGCUACCAGCUCUUUUGCGUCGCCCUACCGGCCGAUCGCCCGGCGCCGGCGCACACUCGCCGACGGUUAUUCAACCCCACAAAGCCCUAAAAACUGUGGCCGCUCGCUCCAUACUAUGCCAUACACGCGGAUCAUGGACAGUAGCCGUCAUUGUCGACCGUGCCUGUAGAGAUCCCUGCGCGCAGCGCCCUACCCAUCUUUGGUCUUCGCGCGGUGUACCGCCCAGGUCCACACGCGGUCGUCCCCACUCUUCCCGCAGCGCCAUAUCGAUUUCUAAGACACGAAACCGCGGCCCGUCGACACCAUGUACGGCCCUGAAAUCGCCUGCAUAGACCCGGCCAUCGCGUACCCCACACAGAUCGAAGCAGAGUGCCGCAGCCUGACAGCACGCACAGGCCCGGCCGCUUUGUGGACGCGAAUUUGGCCCGUUCGUCAGGCUACGGUCGCGCCGUCACAGGGGCGCGCCACUCGGCACUAUUGUCUCCAACCUGAACGCCCGGCCGUCGAGACGUUGGCUGGCCCCUACGUGGGCUUUGGUCGAUACAGGCUCACUGGCGUACGUCGGAGCUCUGUCAACGCUCCGGCAGAUGAGAGUCAAUACGACCGCGCCGUCUAGUAGUCCCCGCAAAAUGCUAUGUAUGCCGCGUCCACCCCGCUCGCCCCUUGACACGACAAAGCACCGGCCACAGCACACGCACCCUACACCCUCCUGGUCAAAGGGGCCUCCAUUCCGCCCGUCUCCGCCGACGCGUCAGCCCCCCCAUAGCCCAAGCGUCGCCCCCGCAACCGUAUAAAUACCCUACCGCUGCCCGCAGAGACAGCCUCACCCG